UUUGGUGUCAUGAGAAAGAUGUUGAGUCUGAUCUCCACAGUGCUGAGGGGUGGAGCCUCCAGGAGUUCAUCUGUGCAUGCGGCCUUCAUGCAGCUUCUGAAGGUGCAGAGCGAGUACGCAGAAAUGACCUUUAACCCUGACUGUAGAAAUGCCCCGCCCUCUGCCCUCCUGGCCCCGAACCAGUCUGCAACACAUUCACAGCUAAACACACAUCAGCACACAGAAUGUACACAACCACAAGAUGAUUGGACGGCGCUUGUGAUGCCACAAGGUUCCUUACAUGUGGAGUCUGUAGUCAUGGAAACAGAAAUAGACAAGAUGAUAUCAGAGGCAGCGAAAACCCAAACCCUGACAGGAAGUCGUGUUAUAGAAGCAACUUCACAGAGUUUAGCACCGCUUCCUGUGACCCCUGACCCCCCGUCACCUGAUUUAAGACCCCCGACUGGGAGCAGCAAUGACACCGAACAAACGCCCCAGCAGCGUCCAAGACCCAACCCCAGUCAGACUGGAGACCGCGCUGUAGCAGAACCCCGUCUGGCUGGGAGCAGAGUGAUGGUGUCAGCGAGGACCUACGCAGACUUUACUCCUCAGGUCACCUUCGACAUUAAGAAAUGUGAUUUGCAUAAGCUGGAGGAGGGGCCUCCGGAGAAGGCGGUGCUAACGAGGGAGGAGGGGCUUCAGUACUACAGGACCAUGCAGGUGAUCAGGAGGAUGGAGCUGAAGGCUGAUCAGCUGUACAAGCAGAAGAUCAUCCGCGGUUUCUGUCACCUGUAUGACGGACAGGAAGCGUGUGCGAUGGGAAUCGAGGCUGGAAUUAACCGCUCAGAUCACCUGAUCACAGCGUACCGCGCUCACGGGUACACACUCACCAGGGGCGGCACCGUGCGCGAGAUCAUGGCCGAGCUCACGGGACGUCGCGGCGGUAUCGCUAAAGGAAAGGGCGGUUCCAUGCACAUGUACGCCAAACACUUCUACGGAGGAAACGGAAUCGUGGGAGCUCAGGUUCCGCUCGGUGCCGGAGUCGCGCUGGCCUGUAAAUACCAGGGCAAGAACGAGCUGUGUGUGUGUCUCUAUGGAGACGGAGCAGCCAAUCAGGGUCAGAUCUUUGAGACGUAUAACAUGGCGUCUCUGUGGAAGCUGCCGUGUAUUUUUAUCUGUGAGAAUAAUAAGUACGGAAUGGGGACGUCUGUGGAGCGAGCGGCCGCCAGCACUGACUACUACAAACGGGGGGACUUCAUACCUGGACUGAGGGUCGAUGGUAUGGACGUUCUGUGUGUUCGAGAGGCCACCAAAUUUGCUGCUGAACACUGCAGAUCUGGAAAGGGUCCGUUUCUGAUGGAGCUCCAGACCUACCGUUACCACGGACACAGCAUGAGUGACCCCGGCAUCAGUUACCGUACGCGUGAGGAGAUCCAGGAGGUGCGCAGUAAGAGUGACCCCAUCUCCCUGCUGAAGGACCGCAUGAUCAACAACAACAUGGCCAGUGUGGAGGAGCUCAAGGAGAUCGAUGUGGAAGUGAGGAAGGAGAUCGAGGACGCCACUCAGUUCGCCACCACCGACCCCGAGCCCCCGCUGGACGACCUGUGUAACCACAUCUUCUCCAACAACCCCCCCAUCGAGGUGCGCGGCACGAACCCCUGGGCCAAGCUCAAGUCCGUCAGCUAGACUUCCUUUAUAUACACACACACACUUAAGUAAAGGGAAUAAUUUAUGUCCGUUAUACAGGACACAGUUCAUGGCGAUG